GUUUGGUGUUCCCCGCGAUUGUCAUCCGGACACCCGGCUCUUGGAGGUGGUUUACGACUUCCAGGUGAUGUUCGUCAUGGGCUUCAUGCUGGCUGUCCUCACCGGCGUGCACUUGCCAGACAGGUUUGCCUAUCUUUUCCGUUUCCGGAAGCCGCGGCCCCGCGGCUUCGCCUUUGUGGGGAUCAUGCUGCUCAGCGGGCCUGCUUGGGGCUCCCUUGACUGCGUGGAGGAGCUCUCCAGGAUAUCUUUCACAAGCGCCUACUUCCGCAACGGCGGAGCCAAGAGCCUCCUCAUCGCCGGCGCAAUCUUUGCAGCCGCGCUCGGCCUACUGCUUUGGCACUUCGUUUGUGCUUUCAAGCACAAUCCGCUCUCAGGAUUUCUAGCGUACUGCUGCUCCAGACUGUCUGUGUGGCUCUUCUACGGCUUCUACCUCUUCGUUGCGUCGCAAACUGCGGGUGUCUACGUCCACCUGCAUCAUUACAUCAUCGGCUUCCUUGUCGCCUUGCUUGCGGAGUUCAAUCACCCCAUCUCCUUAGUUCUGCUUGCAGCAGGCACAUGCUUGGGGGGAAGGUUCAGAAGGUGUAGAAGGCUUAGAAGGCUUAGAAGGCUUAGAAGGUUCAGAAGGCUUAGAAGGUUUAGAAGGCUUAGAAGGUUUAGAAGGCUUUUUGAAGGUUUCCAAAAGUUUAGAAGGUCUAGGGUGACAAGGGCUCCCGAAUGUUCGCGUGCCGCUGGGAGGCACCGGGGUUUUCGUCCAAGGCAUUGCUGUCGCCGGGCAGCAAGGAAAGCCAGGUAUUUUCACCUCCGGAGGCCCUAUACAAACUUCGAACCCUAA